AUGAAUAAGUUUAAAAUAAAGGAAAAAUUCCAUUGUUUUACAUAUAACAACAUUAUUUUGUAAGAAUUUGUACUAUUUUAAAUAGGUUAUUUAGACAAAAUACAUAUUUUUGCAAAGAAAUAAUAAUGAGUAAACCCUUAAUUUAUUUAGUUAAAUAUUCAGAGUCAACUAUUGGAUGA